AUGGGAAAUAUACCUGAAAAUGUUAAGGGAGCGGUAGACGUGGAUCCCUGGUUAGAACCGUUUGCAGAGGUGCUUUCUGAAAGAAGAUAUCUGGCCGAUCGUUGGUCGCAUGAUAUCAGACACAGUACAAACGAUAACACGCCGCAAUCGCUGGCCGAUUUUGCAAGAACAUCGUACAAAAAUUACGGAUUGCACGCAGACCCGGUGACCAAAAAAAUUACAUAUCGGGAAUGGGCGCCCAACGCCGUUCAAGCGUUUCUGGUGGGUGAUUUCAACAACUGGUCGACCCACUCGCACGAGUUGCAAAAGGACCAGUAUGGGGUUUUUUCCACAACGAUUCCCGCGUCCAAUUCUGGCGAUUAUGCCAUACCUCAUGAUUCCAAGUUAAAGGUACUGUUUGUGCUUCCAGAUGGCUCCCACGCAUACCGUCUUCCCGCUUAUAUCACCAGGGCUACUCAACCGGAUAAAGAAACCGCUAGGCAGUUUGGUCCCAGCUAUGAGGCCCGUUUUUGGAACCCAUCAGUCCAAUACGAAUUCAAGAAUAAAAGACCCUCUUUUGAAAGAAAAACAGGUUCGUUAAGGAUUUACGAAGCCCAUGUCGGUAUUUCAUCCCCAGAACCCAAAGUCGCCUCCUACAAAGAAUUCACACAUAACGUUUUACCGAGAAUUCGCGACCUUGGUUAUGAUGCCAUUCAAUUGAUGGCAAUCAUGGAACACGCUUAUUACGCUUCGUUUGGCUAUCAAGUGACCAAUUUCUUCGCCAUCAGUUCUCGGUACGGUACGCCAGAAGAUUUGAAAGAGCUCAUUGAUACGGCUCACGGGAUGGGCUUGUUGGUGCUCUUGGACGUGGUCCACAGUCAUGCAUCCAAAAACGUGGACGAUGGUCUAAACAAGUUUGAUGGUAGUGACCAUCAAUAUUUCCAUUCACUACAAUCCGGGCGUGGUGAGCAUCCAUUAUGGGAUUCUCGUUUGUUCAACUAUGGUUCCUUUGAAGUACUAAGGUUUUUGCUAAGCAAUCUAGCCUUCUACAUCGACGUUUAUCAGUUUGACGGUUUCAGGUUUGAUGGCGUCACUUCGAUGCUGUACAAUCACCAUGGAGUCGGUGCAGGCGGCGCCUUCAGUGGUGAUUACAGCGAGUACGUGUCCCGUGAAAGAUCCGACGUUGACCAUGAAGCUCUUGCUUAUCUAAUGCUGGCCAAUGAUUUGGUCCAUGAAAUUUUGCCUGACAGUGGGAUUACAAUAGCCGAAGAUGUUUCUGGGUACCCCACUCUCUGCUUGGGUCGUCAUCUUGGCGGCACAGGUUUUGACUACAGACUCGCCAUGGCAUUACCUGACAUGUGGAUCAAACUACUAAAAGAGAAAAGCGACGACGCUUGGAACAUGGGCAAUAUUGUGCACAAUUUAACCAACAGACGUUAUGGUGAAAAGGUGGUUGCUUACGCGGAGUCUCAUGAUCAAGCCCUAGUUGGUGACAAAACUCUAGCCUUCUGGCUCAUGGACGCAGCUAUGUAUACGGACAUGACUGUUACGAAGCCUCUCACUCCUAUUGUCGAUCGCGGUAUAGCAUUGCACAAACUGAUCCGGCUCGUUACCCACUCCCUCGGUGGGGAAGCAUACUUAAACUUUGAAGGCAACGAAUUUGGCCAUCCGGAAUGGCUAGACUUUCCUAACAAGAACAAUAAUGAUAGUUACCACUACGCUCGUCGUCAAUUCAAUCUUAUCGAAGACAACUUGUUGCGGUACCAGCACUUGUACAACUUUGAUAAAGCCCUUCAGCAUACCGAGCGUCACUACAAAUGGCUCAAUACUUCUCAAGCCUAUGUUUCUUUGAAGCACGAAGUGGAUAAGGUCAUUGCUUUUGAGCGUAAUGGACUUUUGUUUAUCUUCAAUUUCCACCCAACUGAGAGUUAUGCCGAUUACAGAAUUGGAGUGGAAGCUCCGGGUCGGUACAAGAUCAUUUUGAACACCGAUCGUGGAGAGUUUGGAGGUCACGAUCGCAUCGACGAAGCGGCUUCGGAGUUUUUCACAACAGAUUUGCGUUGGAAUGAGCGCAGCAACUACAUCCAAGUUUACAUUCCUACCAGAUCAGCGUUGGUGUUGUCGCUCGCUUCCUGA